AAAAUUGACGAGAGAAUCACCCCUCCUGCCACCACGAAUCCACUAUUCUUCUUCCUUAAAAUACAAGUCCAGAGCCAAUUGGUACAAACUUGAAUGCCCUGAAAAUCAACAUCAACAUGGCAUUCAAUCGAGAACAAGAAAAGGUCCAGAACACCCAUCAUCAUCUUCCACUGAAUGAGAACGACUCUCAAGACAUGUUCAUCUUCCACGUCCUGAACGAAGCCAACAGCUCCCAUCAUCACCCCCUGCAAACCAAUAACUCCCCGAGAAACCAAACCGCCGCGCUCGAACCGGCCAGGACCAUCGGGAAGAAGCAUUACAGGGGCGUCAGGCGUCGUCCCUGGGGCAAAUUCGCCGCCGAGAUCCGUGACUCUACUCGACAAGGGGUUCGGGUUUGGCUCGGUACAUUCCAAACAGCUGAAGAAGCCGCCCUGGCUUAUGACAGGGCAGCUUUUAGGAUGCGUGGUUCCAAGGCUUUACUCAAUUUUCCGGCUGAAAUCAUGGCGGCGACAUCCUCGGUUCAACGAAUAAGGCCGGAUUCGAGCUUGAAAAACAUGGAGAGAGAAACCAUUGAUUCAGGAAGUAGCUCCGGCAUGAUUUCAUUUGGAACAUUGAAAUCAGAUUCAGAGAGCAGCACAAAAGGGGAGUCCCAUAAUAAAGGAUCAGAUUCAGAUAACUUGAACACCACAAGGUCUUGAAAGUUUUCCUUUUUC